AAUAAAUAAAUAAAUAAAAAAGCCUUUCUGAUCAUUUAGUGUGAAUCUAUGAUGGAAACACCAAAAUCAUUAACUCUAGGAAGUUCAAUAUUAGUACCCAGCGUUCAAGAAUUAGCCAAACAAACUCUAGCAGAAAUCCCACCUCGAUACAUACGCACGAUGGCGAUGAAGGACUGUUCAGGUAUCGUCACCGCCGCUUCUGGGAUAGGUCAAAAGAUUCCAGUAAUCAAUUUUCAGAAUUUGCUAUCCCCUGAACAAUCAGUUGGUGAUUUGGAAUUGGAGAAACUUCAUUCUGCAUGUAAACAGUGGGGUUUCUUUCAGUUGGUAAACCACGGAGUGAGCAGUUCCUUGGUAGAAAAAGUGAAAUCAGAGGUAUACGAUCUUUUCAAACUUCCAAUGGAAGAAAAGAAGAGAUAUUGGCAACAAGAAGAAGAGGUUGAAGGAUUCGGACAAGCUUUCGUUGUAUCAGAAGAACAAAAACUUGAUUGGGCAGAUAUAUUUUUCAUGACUACUCUUCCUCACAGUGCAAGAAAACCUCACCUAUUUCCAAAGCUUCCUCAGCCUCUCAGAGAUACUUUAGAAUCGUAUUCGUCCCAGUUAAAAAUCCUAGCCAUGAAGAUCUUAGGACGGAUGGCCAAAGCAUUAGAAAUUGAGAGCAACUUCAUGAGCGAGUUGUUUGAAAAUGGGAUGCAAAACAUGAGAAUGAAUUAUUAUCCACCUUGUCCUCAACCCGAGCGCGUCAUCGGCCUCACAUCGCAUUCAGACGGCGUUGGUUUAACGAUCCUCCUUCAGCUUAAUGAAGUGGAAGGUCUGCAAAUCAAAAAGGAAGAUAAAUGGGUUUCUGUUAAACCAUUACCACAUGCUUUUAUUAUCAACAUUGGGGACAUUUUGGAGAUAGUGACUAACGGGAUCUAUCCUAGCGUGGACCAUAGAGCAACUAUCAAUUCUAUGAAGGAGAGGCUAUCUGUUGCAACGUUUUACAGCCCUAACCCAGAAGGAGAAAUAAGACCCGCGGCUGAUUUGAUUACUUCAAAAACACCUGCAUUGUUCAGAAGUGUUGGGGUGACGGAAUACUUCAAGGGUCUGUUUACCCAAAAGCUGGACGGGAAAAAGUACCUCGACGAAAUGAGGAUUCAUCCACAACCGCAGGAGAAUAAAUAAUUAGUAGUGGGCAAUUGCAUUAUGACCGUAGUGGGUGUAUCUUGUGAAAGCAGUAUAUAUUGGAUCAUCCGACUCCGCCCACUAAAUUUAAAUAUUCAUUGUUUUCUUUACAAAAUAAAAAAAUAAAAAAAAAUGAUAAAGUAACCGCACAAAGGGAAAUAAUGAAAGUUAUAGAGAUUGGAGAGUGAGACUGUGAGAGAGUGAUAUAUUCCGACAGAUUCAUUCGUAGUGAUAAUCAUUGUGAGGGGUAGUUAGGAUUUGAGUUUUGGUGAAAGACUUCUACACACAGAACUGUGGAGUCUACUUGUUAUUUAUAUCAGAGAAUACAAAGGUUGUUACAACUAAUCAACCUAUUCAAGAUUUAUAGAUGUUAUUUUAAUUGUAACUUAAGAACCGUAAGACUAAUCUAAACGCAAAAUACUCGGUCAUUCCUUCAUACACGGAAUGCUA